UUUUAUAAAAUACGCUGAGAGGAAUAUAUAAAGCGAAUGUACACACACUCAACGUGCAUCGAGCAGCAGCUUCGUACUGAAUUGAUAACACUUGGCUUGAAAAUUUCGGUCUAAGAACUCCAUUUUCGAGAUUCACAGGAUUCAACAAUGGAUUCAAUGCUUCCGAUUGCGAUUGUAUCGGUGAUUAUCGGAACCGUGAUUGCUUUUCUAGUGUUCGGAAACUAUUUCCAGAAGAGGAAAUCGGAGGUUGAAUCUAUCGCCCAGCCGGAGACAAUUCAGAAGGCUUCGAAGCCUCAGCAAUCUCAGAAGAACACUUUGAAGAAAUCGCAAGCCAAAUCUCAUUCUCACACCGCCGAUCAUAAGGAUGCAAAUAAAAGGCAUCACCCACUGGACUUGAAUACUCUAAAAGGUCAUGGGGAUAUUGUCACUGGAGUUUGCUUCUCACCCAAUGCACAGUCUUUGGCAACUGCUUGUGGUGACGGGGUUGUUAGGGUCUUCAAGUUGGAUGAUGCUUCGAGCAAAAGCUUUAAGUUUCUGAGAAUUAAUUUGCCUGCUGGAGGUCAUCCAACUGCAGUUGCAUUUGCUGAUGAAGCUUCCUCAGUUGUAGUGGCAUGCGAUGCUUUUUCUGGUUCUUCCCUGUACAUGUAUGGUGAAGAGAAAACAGCAGCCACUGAUUCCAAACAGGCCAAGCUUCCUCUUCCAGAAAUCAAAUGGGAACAGCAUAAAGUUCACGACAAGAGAGCGAUCCUAACUCUAGUUGGUACCAAAGCAACUUAUGGUAGUGCUGAUGGGAGCACAAUCAUUGUUUCAUGUUCUGAAGGUACUGAUAUUGUGCUUUUUCACGGAAAAAGUGGCAAGAUUGUUGGGAGUGUUGACACUAAUCAACUCAAAAAUAAUAUGGCUGCUAUAUCUCCCAAUGGGCGUUUUAUAGCUGCUGCAGCUUUUACUGCUGAUGUCAAGGUUUGGGAAAUUGUGUAUUCAAAAGAUGGUGCUGUAAAGGAGGUUUCAAGGGUAAUGGAGCUCAAGGGGCAUAAGAGUGCCGUGACGUGCCUAUGCUUUACCCCGAAUUCUGAACAAAUAAUUACUGCAUCGAAGGAUGGUAGCAUCAGAGUGUGGAAUAUUAAUGUGCGCUAUCAUCUUUCCGAGGACCCCAAGACAUUAAGGGUGCUCCCUAUUCCCCUUAAGGAUGCAAAUGGCACAACUUUACACUACGAUCGUUUAUGUCUAUCACCUGAUGGAAAGAUAUUGGCCACCACUCAUGGUUCAAUGAUGCAAUGGCUAUGUCCGGAGACUGGGAAGGUUUUGGACACAGCUGAAAAGGCACAUGAUGGUGAUAUCACUGACAUGGCAUGGUCGCCUUCUCAAAUUCCAAUGGGUGACAAGCAAGUUCUGGUGUUGGCCACAGCCAGUGUCGAUAAGAAAGUAAAGUUGUGGGCAGCUCCAUCCCUGAAUGCAUCGUGAACAAGCGACAGAGCCUUUUCCCCGUGAAUGACAAGCUUUUGAUGUCUCACCCAGUUUUUGAACUAAUAGAUCACAAGGGGACUGACGAAAUAUAUACAGUACAAGUCAGAAGAGCAGAAUACAGCCUAAGUUAGAGGAUGAGUGCAUACAUCUUUUGAGAGUUUUUGUUAUGCAAAGAGAGAUAUAACCAGCGUGUAUUAAGCUAGAGGAAAAUUUUGAGAUAAAAUUUGAUGUUAAAUACAAUGGGUAGUAGUUUUCUCUAGGCAUUGGUGAUCUAUUUUAGAGCUUAGAAUUGGAAAAGGUACUUUUUCUGUUUUAAAUCAAAAGACCAAAAAAUAUUCUUAAGUUCCA